AUGAGGUCAAAACUUAAGAGCAUAGAAGAGAUACUUAAAGAUUUCCAAAACCCACUAUACUCACCCAUAGCACUACAGGAGAUAUCAGAGAGAAUAUCAACCAUAAGAGGAUAUUCUAUACUUCAGGCAAUCAUGGAGAAGGCUGGACAAAACGGUUGGCAAGUUAGUGCUAUAUGUGUGGAAAAUUUUAAUGAUGCCAGCUACCGACGUCUUUUAGAAGACCUGGAUCGGAGACAAGAAAAUAAAUUUGUAAUAGACUGUGAAGUGGAAAGGCUUCAGAACAUUCUGGAACAGAUUGUGAGUGUUGGGAAACAUGUGAAAGGCUAUCAUUACAUUAUUGCAAACCUAGGAAUUAAGGACAUUUCGCUUGACAGGUUUAUGCAUGGAGGAGCCAAUGUAACAGGAUUCCAGCUGGUGGAUUUCAAUACCCCAAUAGUAACUGAAUUAAUGCAGCGAUGGAAGACGUUGGACCAGCGGGAAUAUCCAGGAUCAGAAACUCCACCAAAGUACACCUCUGCACUGACUUAUGACGGCGUUCUGGUGAUGGCCGAAGCUUUCCGUAACUUGCGACGACAGAAAAUUGAUCUGUCAAGAAGAGGAAAUGCAGGCGAUUGUCUCGCUAAUCCAGCUGCCCCCUGGGGGCAAGGAAUCGAUAUGGAGAGAACUUUAAAACAGGUUCGAAUACAGGGUUUAACUGGAAAUGUACAAUUUGAUCACUAUGGUCGAAGAGUGAACUACACAAUGGAUGUGUUGGAGCUGAAGAGUUCAGGCCUCAGGAAGAUUGGAUAUUGGAAUGAUAUGGAUAAGCUGGUUUUGCUCCAACAUGAACCUUCAUUAAAAAACGAUUCAUCAGCCAUUGAAAACAGGACGGUUGUGGUGACAACAAUUCUGGAAUCACCUUAUGUAAUGUACAAGAAAAACCAUGAGCUGUUGGAAGGAAAUGAUAAGUUUGAAGGAUAUUGUGUAGAUCUGGCCUAUGAAAUUGCAAAACAUAUUGGUAUCAAGUAUAAAAUUGCAAUUGUUCCUGAUGGAAAAUAUGGAGCAAGGGAUUCAGAUACAAAAAUUUGGAAUGGAAUGGUGGGAGAACUUGUAUAUGGGAAAGCAGAGAUUGCUGUAGCUCCAUUGACUAUAACCUUGGUGCGAGAAGAGGUCAUUGAUUUUUCAAAGCCUUUCAUGAGCUUAGGGAUUUCUAUUAUGAUUAAAAAACCACAGAAAUCAAAACCUGGAGUCUUUUCGUUUUUGGACCCAUUGGCUUAUGAGAUCUGGAUGUGCAUAGUUUUCGCUUAUAUUGGAGUAAGUGUAGUCCUUUUUCUUGUAAGCCGAUUCAGCCCUUAUGAAUGGCAUACGGAAGAGCCUGAAGAUGGUAAGGACGGACCCAGUGAUCAACCCCCGAAUGAGUUUGGCAUUUUUAACAGCCUUUGGUUCUCCCUUGGAGCCUUCAUGCAGCAAGGAUGUGAUAUAUCUCCAAGAUCUCUCUCAGGUCGCAUUGUUGGAGGAGUGUGGUGGUUCUUUACCCUCAUUAUUAUUUCAUCUUACACGGCUAACUUGGCUGCCUUUUUAACGGUUGAGAGAAUGGUAUCGCCGAUAGAAAGCGCAGAAGAUCUCGCCAAGCAAACAGAGAUUGCCUAUGGGACACUCGAUGCAGGGUCAACAAAAGAAUUUUUCAAAAGAUCAAAAAUAGCAGUUUAUGAAAAGAUGUGGACCUACAUGAAAUCAGCAGAGCCAUCAGUAUUCACCAAGACAACAGCAGAGGGAGUGGCCCGCGUCCGGAAAUCAAAGGGAAAAUUCGCCUUCCUUUUAGAGUCAACCAUGAACGAGUACAUCGAGCAGAGGAAACCGUGCGACACAAUGAAAGUUGGAGGAAACUUGGAUUCCAAAGGCUACGGAGUGGCGACACCUAAACAUUCUCUAUUAAGAAAUGCUGUUAACCUCGCAGUUUUAAAACUGAAUGAACAAGGCCUGUUGGACAAAUUGAAAAACAAAUGGUGGUACGACAAAGGAGAAUGUGGCAGCGGGGGAGGUGACUCCAAGGACAAGACGAGUGCGCUAAGUCUGAGCAACGUUGCUGGAGUUUUCUACAUUCUGGUUGGAGGCCUGGGCUUGGCAAUGCUGGUGGCUUUGAUAGAGUUCUGUUACAAGUCAAGGGCAGAGGCGAAACGAAUGAAGCUGACCUUUUCUGAAGCCAUACGAAACAAAGCCAGAUUAUCCAUUACGGGAAGCGUAGGAGAAAAUGGCCGCGUCUUGACUCCCGACUGCCCGAAGGCCGUACACACUGGGACUGCAAUUAGACAAAGUUCAGGAUUGGCUGUCAUUGCAUCGGACCUACCAUAA